UUCAAAACAGUUAAAUUAUUCUCAAAAGAAAAAAAUUAUGCCAUUAAUAAAUAACAUUACUCUCAUAUUUCCUAUCAACAGGUGAAUUCACAAACUGCAGUAAUUCUAGUGCUGGUCAGACUGCAAAUGCUUCUUUCAGUCUUUUUAAAAAUCAAAGAAGCCACAUGGAAAAUGUAUGUUUUACUUGGAAAACAAAUCUUGUUGAUCAUCAAAAAAUGCAUACUGGAGAGAAAGCAUUUUCAUGUUCUGAAUGUGGGAAGUGUUUUACUCAGAAAUCCUCUCUUAUUAAGCAUCACAAAAUUCACACAGGAGAAAAAGCAUUUUCAUGUUCUGAUUGUGGGAAAUGUUUUACUCAGAAAUCAACUCUUAUUACGCAUCUCAACAUUCACACAGGAGUAAAAGCAUUUUCAUGUUCUAACUGUGGGAAAUGUUUUGCUCAGAAAUCAACUCUUAUUACGCAUCUCAAAAUGCACACAGGAGAAAAAGCAUUUUCAUGUUCUAACUGUGGGAAAUCUUUUGCUUGGAAAUCAAGUCUUAUAGAUCAUCAGAAAAUGCAUACAUUCGAGAAAAAAAAUUCAUGUUCUGAAUGUGGGAAAUGUUUUGUUCGGAAAUCAAGUCUUAUUGAUCAUCAGAAAAUUCAUACAGGAGAUGAAGCACUUUCAUGUUCUGAAUGUGGGAAAUAUUUCACUCAUAAAAGAAGUCUUAUUGAUCAUCAGAAAAUUCACACGGGAGAAAAAGCAUUUUCAUGUUCUGACUGUGGGAAAUGUUUUACUUGGAAAUCAAAUCUGGUUGAUCAUCAAAAAAUACAUACAGGAGAGAAAGCAUUUUCAUGUUCUGAAUGUGGGAAGUGUUUUUCUCGGAAAUCAUCUCUUAUUACGCAUCACAGACGUCACACAGGAGAAAAAGCAUUUUCAUGUUCCGAGUGUGGGAAAUGGUUUGUGCUGAAAUUUGAUCUUAUUAGGCAUCACAGAAUUCACACAGGAGAAAAAGCAUUUUCAUGUUCUGACUGUGGGAAAUGUUUUAAUCGGAAAUCAAAUCUUAUCGAUCAUCAAAAAACUCAUACAGGAGAGAAUGCAUUUUCAUGUUCUGAAUGUGGCAAAUGGUUUGCUAAAAAAUCAUAUCUUAUUAUGCAUCACAAAAUUCACACAGGAGAAAAAGCAUUUUCAUGUUCUGAGUGUGGGAGAUGUUUUACUUCUAAAUCAAAUCUGGUUGAUCAUCAAAAAAACCAUACAGGAGAGAAAGCAUUUGCAUGCUCUGAAUGUGGUAAAUGUUAUACUCAGAGAUCAUCUCUUAAUUCACAUCAAAAAAUUCACAAAGAAAAAGAAUUUUCAUGUUCUGUGUGUGGGAAAUGUUUUACUCAGAAAUCAACUCUUAUUACGCAUCAAAAAAUUCACACAGGAGAAAAAGCAUUUUCAUGUUCUGAGUGUGGGAAAUGUUUUACUUGGAAACCAAAUUUUAUUAAGCAUCAGAAAAUUCAUACAGGAGAGAAAGCAUUUUCAUGUGCUGUCUGUGGGAAAGGUUUUACUCGGAAAAUGGAUCUUAUUAAGCAUCAGAAAAUUCAUACAUGAAAGAAAGCAUUUUCAUGUUUUCACUUUUAUUCAGAAAUCGUAUCUUAUUAGACAUCAAAAACUUAAUAUUAAAGGAAAUCAGAGCUUAACCUCUUAAGUGCAGAGACAAAGUCAUCAUCCGUACAAUGUCUAAAAUGCUGGUGAUGAUUCUGGUCCUCUGGUGUACAAGCUCUUGAUGCUGUUUAAGGAUCCUUCUGCAUCUCAAGUGGUUAUGAGGUGGCCCUGAGUGUUUUUCAUCCCCAGGGGUAUCUGGGGUCCCUAUAUAGAUUUGAAUAGUGAUAUGGCACAAAUUAAAUGUGCAUUUAUGUGAGUUUCAUGUGCAGAUCAAAGAAGUAGAAAUAUCCUCAAAGGCCCUUAUUUAUGUGUUAAUAAAUCCUUCUUUGAAAUGUAGAUAUUGUUGAAAUGAUUAUUGUCAGAUAAUAACUGGGAUAUCAGUUUUAUUUUCUUAGCUGGAAGUUAAAUUGACCAGGUGUGUAGCUGUUCAAGAUGAGCCUCUGUGUUAAUAUCAAUAAUGCCUCCAAAAGCCCUUAUCUGGAUUAGGAUAAGCCCCAGGAGUGGAGCUAUCAUUGGUGCAGUAGCACCAGGGCCCAAUUACUUGGGGUGGGGUGGCGGUCAGGGGCAUAGUAGCCGGUCUAUAAAUAGGUGUUUGCAGAAUGUGUGCAAUACUAAUGCAGGGGAGCCUUUUAUAAGUGCAAAUUGUAUCUAAAUAUCCUCAAAAUCUUUAUACAGAGCAGCAUGUAUAACUGUGGUUUACUAAUGAGUUACCUGGGGGGGGGUCCCAAAACAAUUUUGCACUAGGGCUCUUAGUCUGCUGCUGAUUAGCUCCUACCCUGAAUUACAAUUUCCAGUUAUUAAUUUCUAUAGAAAAACACUGAAUUAAUAUGUAUUUUUGCUUAUUUUAGAAAGAUUACCUAAUAAAAUUAUAGAUCCACAAAUGUUUUGACUAUACUAGUCAGAAAUAACUCACAGCAUUGUUUACAACUAUGUUUAUUAAAAUUUUAAUAAAGAUAUGCAUUUGUUCA